AUGUGUAAACCUCGAGAGACAAUGACUGCUCUCUUCUUCUUGGGAAUACUGUGCUUUUUUCACAGCCAUGCCACUUUAUCUCAAAAGACAGGAGGGGAUAAUCCUGAUGCCAACCAGGUUAUGGAGAAACUACCUGAAACAUUCAUGCUUCAGUCACUUGGAAAGUAUACUGAUUUAAUAUGCGGUUAUCAGCAUUUCUACAACGCUACCCUAAGAGGUCAGACUUACAGAAAAUAUGAAUUAAUAUUUAAGUACCCAAAGAGCUUAUUUAGCCAACCGCUCUACGUAAAAAGUGUGACUAAGAACAUAAUUCUCAUGGGUACUCGACCAGCAAUGACGAAAGGAAUAACGUACAUUGUAUUAACGUGA